AUGGUUUCGUUCAUCACUUCCCCUCCUCGAGGUCUGGCGCAAGCCUUGCAGCCGUCUGAGCCGGAUCGUUACGAAACACUUAUGACCCGCAAAGCUGUCGCUCCUAACAAGUCCGCCCGCAGAUCGCAAAGCCCAGAGUUUUUGCCUUCUUCCAGUAUACGUGCAAGCACAACUUCUUCUACCAAGCGCAAGGAACAUCCUACGAUCGAUGAGGACGCAUUCAAGAGCUCGAUCCAACAGUCGCCGGUGAGGAAGAAGAAGCGAACACUGUACGAUGGUAGUCUUUCGCAGGAUGCGGAGACUGACCUCGCACCUCCCUCAACAUCAUCAAAGCGGUACAACAGUCGUCGAACAGAAGCGCCACCGGAUACCCCUCCACCACGGUAUGAGUUCACUGCCACGCCAACCCCUCAAACGAAAGUCACCAUCAUCCCCAAAACUGUCUCCAAAUCGAACCCCGCGUCCACAAGUCCACCUCCUACCGCGUGUGGACAUUCGAUUCAUCCCGUGUACAAGGACACCUACUCCAAAGCUAUGUGUCCAAUGUGUCUUGUGGAAGCUUCGAUGAACGGCCUUCAAAGCACACAGAACCAGAUCAAUGACCGCGGUGGCAUGUCUGAAUGGCAUGAGAAUCGGAUGGGCAAGGACGAUUGCAGACUCUAUAUGGUCACGACGACAGGAGGUAAGGAGAGGAAAGGGCGACCCGCCUAUACAGAUGCAAAUGGAACGGACAUCAGCUACAGAUACAAAAAGAGGAAUCUGCUCAACCUGGUCACUGAGCUAGAAACUCUUUCCGGUAUGGAGGUGAGCUGGGAAGAGAAGCAGCUUCCAGAGAACAGCAAUGUUCACAUUGAGCACGUGCGGCUGAGGAAGCAGUAUGGUGCUAUGGCGGCGCUCUAUUGGUACGAGGAUACCAUGAACAAUGGAUUCAUCGGUCGUAUAGAGGACGACUGUGAGUUCUUCAGCCGAGGACGCGGUUGGCGCUGGACGGUCGCAAAUGAUUCUGGAUAUCCCAACAGAGAUGGCCAUGAAGGGCAGCUUAAGUGGAAAAAGCCCACGAAAGCACAGAAGAAAUACUUCAAGAGAUCCCGGGUUCCCUUACCUAGAAAGUCCGAUACCGCAGAUCUGCAGCCAACACGUAAGCGCCGACGUGAAGGCGCCAGUAUUUCUUUCAACGAGGACGUCUAUGUUCGCACUGAUGCUGAUGUGAACGUCCUCCGUAAAGCAUCAUCCGGACUCUCGGAAGAGUUUCUCGAGGAGCCUGCUGCAAAGAAGCCUAGAAUGAGCAUCCUUCGCACUGCCCCUCUCAACGUUGAUACAGAGCCCACUCCCCUCAAGGUCGACCCAAAACCUACUUGCCCUCAUCAUGUCAUUCCACUUAGCCGCAAAGAUGGACCUCCAAGGGAUAUUACCAAGGGUGGGAUGUGCCGAAACAAACCAAACUAUCGCCAUGGGCAAUGGGCAGUUCCCAAAGGGAGCGUGCUCAUCGAUACCAGUGGAGCGCACCGAAAGUUCAGUUUCCAUGAGGCGAUUGUCGAAAAGCUCCAGAAAGAAGCUGCAACCAUGGAUAACAAGAAUUUGGAUGAGGACUCUAGCGGAGACACGGAGAUGAAGGAUGCUCCCGUCGCAGAACCGGAAGCGACGCUAGAGCCGUCGUUUCUUACACUUGCCUCAUGGAGUUUUGGUGGCCGCCUUCUGGACCGCUUCACCAGCCAUUGGUUCUUUCCUGGUUUUGUCACUCGUACACUAAUUGCUAAUGCUGAGACUGAGCUAGCAAGAAACACGCUGCUCAGCACUGAUGUGUAA